AUGAGCAUGGCUUCGGGUGUAAGGGCUUCGCAGCAGCUGCAGCUGUGUCCGCAGCAAGGGGAGCAGCAGCAGCUGCAGCAGCGGGAGCAGCAGCAGCAGCCGCAGUUUCAUAGCUUCCUUUGCAACAGACAGAACUGCAGCACGGCGUUGAGACGUCAGCUGUACAUGGGUGGGGAGCAGCAGCAGCAGCAGCAGCGGUUCUGCUGCUGCAGCGCUGCAGCACCUGCGUUGCUGCAUGUGGGGCCCGGAUUGUCUCUUUUUUCGGGACCUCCUUUUCAGUUGUGGCAGCAGCAGCAGCAGCGACAGCAGUUGCUGCUGAGGCCAAGGGCGCCUGCAGCAGCAGCAGCAGCAGCAGCAGCAGAUGACAAGGAGCCUUGCUGUUGCUCCGAGUCCCCCACACCAUGCCCCGCCGCUUCCCAGCCUGAUUCAUCGGCUUUGGCUUCAGCAGCAGCAACAGCAGCAGCAAUGCCUGCUGCGCUGCAGCAGCAGCAUGGGCAAGCAGCAGCAGCGGCUGCAGUGGCAGCGGCCACGCCGCAGCCGCCGCAGCUGCAGCUGAACCUGCAGCAGGAGCUGGGAGGAGUGCAGCAGCUGCAGCAAUUGCAGCUGCAGCAGCUGCAUCUGCAGCGCGGUAAAGACCUGAAGAAGCAGCAAGAGCAGCAACAGCAGCAGCAGCAGGGGCAACAGCAGCAGCAGCAGCAGCAGCAGGAAGGGGACCGGUACAUACUGCACUUGGAGCCCGGCGCUGGCAGCAAACUGCAGCAGCAGCUAGCCUCGCUAAGAGCUGCUGCUGCUGCUGCUUUUGGCUGCGAUGAUUCCUUUUGUUAUUUGCUGCACUGUUCUGUCUCGGGCUAUUUCAGGUGUACAGACAUCGCAGCAGUGGAGGCCCACGUUGCUGCAGCUGUCAAGCAGCUGCAGCAGGAGCAGCAGCAGCACCACGGCCAGCAGCAGCAGCAGCAGCAGCAGCAGCAGGAAGGGGGGCUGCGAUGUGAGGGGACGCCGAGGGCCAUGGCAACAGAUGAUGGCCAUGUGCUGCUGCCGCUGCAGUGUCCUGUGCUGCUGCCGCUGGUGCAGCAGCUGCAGCAGCAGCUGCAGCAGCAGCAGCUUUGCUGCCUGCGUCUGAAGCAAAUGGACCACAUUACCUUAGCAGCAGCAAGAGAAGACCCUAAAGUGAGACGCACCAUACAGGACUUUUACAACAGAGGGCUGAGCAAGGAAGAAGUAGGGGGGGGCCCCUGGGACCUGGUUUUGUACCGGCUGGUUCACUUCAGCAGCAGCUUUGCUGCUGGGGGGCCCCACAGAUUCUUUCAAGUGCAGCGGUACCCAGGAGCUGCUUCUGGAUUUGUUUCCUUUGUGUGA